CUCUUCAUUUGAUGAUGCAGCUGCUGCUAUGAUGGAUGAGUAUGAGAAGCCUACUGUUGGAAUACCACAGCUGGAUGGUUCAAAAGACAUUCCAGGAAAGAUUCAACAGAGAUCAGCUCUUAAUCGUUACAAACAAAAGAAGAAAGCAUCUGUUGCAACUGUUAUUGGCAGCAGUCCUGAUAGUGAGAAAGAUUUCAAAGUAUCUAAAGGCCAUUACAAGCAAGCACAAGGAGAUCGCAUACAAACACGUCUGUCGUCUAAACGAAAUGCAGCAGUAGAAUGCUCAACAUGUGUGGUUUCUAGUCAGCAGAAAUGCUCAUCACGGUUUCUUACACCUUUGGUUAAGAAAUUGUCUCGGUCAGAUAUUGAAGAUUUAUUAGAAAGUAUUUCUCAUACGGGUUCCUCUGGCAGUGUUUUUCAAGAACAAUCUAUAAUAGGAGAUACUGAGUCUGAGUGUUUUGAAAAUGCUUCUAUGGGUCUAAUGGGAGCAUUUGAUUCUCAAGAAGAUGAAAGCACUUUGUCUUCAACUCUGCUUAUUAAUCGCGUUCAAGCUCAAAAGCCACCUCAUUUAAAGUUUUCAGGGAAAGAGAAGUGCUCAUUUUACCGGAACUCUUUGUUUCAAUACAGCUGUCAUAAUGAGCCAUAUUGUCGUGCAGGAGAUGAAACAAUGCUGGAGCGCUUUUGUGGAUAUGGCUGUAGUGACAAUAUAGAUUCUCUUAGUUGCUUAGCUUUUACUUCUCCGUCAGCAUCACCACUACCACUUGAUGGAAAUUUUCUAGUUAAGGCAUCUGAUCUGUUUGAUGAUUUUGAUUUGAAUUUGGUAAAGGAAUCAGAAAAUGUUGCAAGGCAGGAUAGUUUAGAACCAUCAGCUAAGAAGGUUCGGUUUAGCAUAAAAGAAAGUAAUGAAAGAGUUGCUUCAUGUGAUACAGAUGUUGCUAAUUGUCAGCCUGAGAAAAGUAGUUACAAGAUGGGUGCAGUUUCAAUGAGAACUAAUGAUAAUCUAAAUUGUACUGUCUGGACUCCUGCAAGAUCUCCGCCAACGUCUUCUCAACUUCUGGAUUCAGCAGUUCAUUAUGGUAUUCGAGUUGUCAAACAUCAAGCUGCUUUUUAUAGUCGUGUGGAAGAUGUUGCUCCAGCCAGGGAAGUUGGUGGUCUUCGUCUCUGUGUUCCAUCUAACAAGCUUUUUGACUUGGAUUUUUUCAAUACCAAGAAAUAUCUACCAAUUGACAAGCAGCAUGCUUCUAGUUGUGGCGCAUUGAGUCAAUGGAGAACAUUGAGGAUUACAAAUGCUGAGGGAUUUUCACAGGAUAUUUGGAUGGCUUUGGUUUCUAGCCAAAUUCGGUCUCGUUACAGUGGAUUUGAUGCUGAAAUGAAGCAGAAAGGGAUGAAUAUUAGGUGUUCUCUAAUUGGUGAUCGACGUUGUAUCAUAACACCAGCCAAACGUGCUAUACAUCCUAGCAAGACUACAAACUGGUUGAAAAAGAGAAGACUAAUGCUGGAGACCAAAACCAAAGAUGCAGGCAGUGACUUAAAGAAUUCUUUGAAGUCUGUAAGGAACAAACCAGCAUCAUCAUCAACUGCAACAGUUACUGUCCAAACUGACAGUCAAGCAGAAACAUCGAUUGAGUGCUUUUCGUUACAAACAUCUAGUCAAGUGGCUACCUUACAUCUUACAGAACACAGUACACCAAAGUCACAGAGAAGCAGAAAGAGUUUGUUUGGUCUUUCCAACUGUACGCCGAUUGCCAAGCAAGGCGUUGCUUUGUUUGAGGAAGCUACAGCAGCAAGAGUGCUUUCCAGUGUUAUAGAUUCAGAGCAGAGGCAUUUGUCUGAACGAACACCUCUGAUGGAAAGAGACAGUAAAUUCUCUGGUAGUACUGGUUUGUCUGAUGGCUCAUUUCUUGAUGGACCAACACAAAAUGACAGUUAUGGAUUUAAGAUAAGUCAACACAACAUGCAAAAUGCAAGGGCAUUACACGAGUGUCAGCAUCUCACUCAGCUCAGUAUGGAAGUACAUGUAAAGACUCGACGAGAUAUGAAACCAGACCCAGCUGUUGAUCCAAUUUGUGCCAUAUUUUACUGCAUUUGGCGUGACUUAGAACCAGAUUCCUCUGUGAAUCGUGAAGUCAGUGGCCUGCUGGUUGUGGAUCAAGACAACACAGACAUCAAGUACCUUGAUUACUGUGGCCUUUCAGGCUUGAGUAUACAAUACAAUAUUGAUGAAAAAGAGCUACUGAACAGUUUGGUUCAACUAACUAGGAGACAUGAUCCAGACAUUCUAGUAGGUUAUGAGGUGCAGAUGUUGUCAUGGGGAUAUGUAUUACAACGAGCUGGUGUUCUUAACAUUGACCUUGAAAUGCAACUAUCAAGAGUUCCAGACAAGACUGUUGGCAGUCGAAAAUGUGCUGAAGAUGAGUAUAGUUCUAGAAAGACUUCCGAAGUCAGUAUUGGUGGCAGAAUAAUGCUGAAUGUUUGGAGAUUGAUGAGGCAUGAGGUUACACUAAAUGUCUACAGUUUGGAGAAUGUGGUAUAUCACGUACUGCACAAGCGCAUACCACUCUUUACUUUUCGAAAGCUUUCUGAAUGGUUUGAUGACAAGACUCGGCUUUGCAGAUGGCGAACAGUUGAACAUUACAUGAGACGAUGUCGGGUUACUUUGGAGUUGUUAGAGCAACUGGAUCUGAUUUGUCAAACGAGUGAGCUUGCCAGACUGUUUGGCAUUCUUUUCUAUUCAGUGCUGUCAAGAGGUUCUCAGUAUCGAGUUGAGUCUAUGAUGCUGCGGAUAGCCAAACCUAUGAACUACAUUGCUGUCACACCGAGUCCUCAACAACGGGCAAAGAUGAAUGCUCCAGAGUGCUUACAACUGAUUUUGGAACCAGAGUCGAGGUUCUAUGUUGAUCCUGUUCUUGUUCUUGACUUCCAGUCCCUCUAUCCAUCUAUUAUUAUUGCUUACAACUACUGCUUCUGUACAUGUCUUGGGAGAGUCACAAGCCUUGCAGAGUCUGGUGACUUCAAGUUUGGGGUCACUUCUUUGAAUGUUGAGCCAACAGUAUUGAAGAAAUUGGAAAGCAAUUUGAAUAUUUCUCCUAAUGGAGUUGCAUUUGUUAACUCUUCUGUUCGGCGUGGAGUCUUACCAAGAAUGCUUGAGGAAAUCCUUCAGGCUCGAAUCAUGGUUAAACAAUCAAUAAAGGAAUGUAAAGAUGAUAAGACGCUUUGCCGUAUGUUAAAUUUGCGGCAACUUGGUCUCAAACUUAUAGCGAAUGUUACAUAUGGAUACACAAGUGCCAACUUCUCGGGUCGCAUGCCAUGCAUUGAGGUGGCGGAUAGUAUUGUACGAAAGGCUCGAGAAACAUUGGAACGAGCCAUUCAGAUGGUCAAUUCUAAUACCGAGUGGAAUGCUCGAGUUGUUUAUGGUGAUACAGACAGUAUGUUUGUUCUGCUAAAGGGCAGAUCAAAGGAAGACGCAUUUCGAAUUGGUCAGGAGAUUGUCACAAAAGUGACAGCUGCUAAUCCAAAGCCAGUAAAGUUGAAGUUUGAAAAAGUGUAUCUUCCAUGCAUCUUGGAAACAAAGAAACGUUAUGUUGGAUUUAUGUAUGAGACCAUAAAUCAAGUGGAGCCUGAAUACGAUGCGAAAGGUAUUGAGACAGUACGACGAGAUGGUUGUCCAGCUGUGGUGAAGAUACUUGAGAAAUCACUCAAGUUAUUGUUUACCACACGUGAUGUGUCACGUGUGAAGCGCUAUGUACAGAAGCAGUUUAUGAAAAUGGGAGAAGAACGAAUUUCGUUGCAGGAGUUUAUUUUUGCCAAAGAAUAUCGCGGAAUCAGUACAUACAAACCCGGAGCUUGUGUGCCAGCACUGGAAAUCACAAAGCAGCUUGUGGCCAGUGAUCCCAGAGCCGAACCAAGACUUGGUGAACGAGUUCCCUACGUGGUGGUGUAUGGCAGUCCUGGAUUACCUCUGAUACAGUUAGUUAGACGCCCUGAAGAAAUAUUACGAGAUCCAAGUCUACGUAUCAACUACGUUUACUACGCCACCAAACAAAUCAUUCCACCACUUAACAGAGUGUUCUCCUUAAUGGGAGUCGAUGUCAGAUCGUGGUACACAGAGCUGCCAAAAUUUCAACGAGCUGGUAUUUCUUUCUACACACAGAGUGAAGACGCAAAGAAGGGCACAAUCUCUCAGUAUUUCGGCACGACCGAAUGCCCCGUUUGCGACGAAAUGACGCGCGACGACGUUUGCCAGCGUUGUCGACGCUACCCGCAGUCGUCGUUGACCGUCUUGGGCAGCCGUAUCCGAACACUGGAGCGCAACUACAAGGAACUCCGCGAGUUGUGCUUUCACUGCGUCGGUCGUCGUGAUCCGGACCUCGCUUGCGUCUCACUCGAUUGUCCGAAUCUCUAUCGCAUGAGGAGAGCUACCAAUCGACUUCAGAUGGUAUCCCGUUUGCAAGAAGUGCAAUCAACACUAGACAGUACAUCAUGAUCGUAAACAAACAUUAAUGACCGCGACAGUUUGGCGGUUUUUUCUCUUUGUGUAUUUAUUACCUGCGGCAAAUCGUUUAUUUGUGUCUCGUUUCUAUUGUGAUUAUCGAAUCGAGAUCGCUCAA